AUGGCUACUGCUACUGUGACCAGCGCACCUAUCGACAAGGAGUGGAACGAACCUCCUAAAGUGACCGUUCAGGCUGUCCCACCUGUUCAGGUCCAUGACACUCCAAUUCUCAACGUCCUUGACGAGUCAGUCCACUAUGGCGACUUCCGUGAUGAUCUUGCCCGUGAUGGCUACUGUGUAGUCAAGAAUGUUCUCGAAAAGGAAAAGGCUCUCAAAUACGCCGAGGACAUCAAAGACUGGCUCGAGAGUUUUGGACUCGGCUACAAGAGGGAUGACCCCUCUACUAUUCGCGAAGAGUGCCUCCCUAUUAUUCACCAAAAGGGCCUUGUUCAAGCAUACGGUGCUACUCACGAAUCUUUCACAUGGGGUGUCCGUUCUGAACCAGCUGUUAUUGACGUCUUCGCGAAACUCUAUGACACUGAGGAUCUGAUCUGCUCGUUCGAUGCUGUCAACGUAUCGCUUGCCAACCGUCAAGAUCUUCCCGCCAACGGUGCCUGGCCUCACCAAGAUCAAGACCCAGAGCGUGGAGGUCUACGUUGCGUUCAGGGUUUCGUCAACCUCUUGCCCAACGGUCCUGAGGAUGGUGGUCUCCUUGUCUUGAAGGGUGGCCACAAGGUCAGCGAGGAGUACCACAACGUUUUCAGAAAUGAAGAACGUGGCUUCAGAUGGACAAACGAGAUCUACUUGUUCAAGGAGACUGGUCUCAAAUGGUUGGCCGACAGAGGUUACGAAUGGGUCAAGGUCGAUGCCGAGCCUGGUGAUGUCGUUCUGUGGGAUUCUCGCACUCCUCACUACAACGCUUCCCCCAAGCAGAACACUGACAGAUUUGUUGUCUACGUCUGCAUGUUGCCAGUCUCGACAGCAACUCAGGAUGACCUCAAGCUCAAGAAGAAGCUGUUCGAGGAGCAGCAUGGCCACAGCCACUGGCCCAUGGCUCUUCAGCCUUUCAUCAAGGAGUACCUGACGCCCAUGCGUAAUGGCAAGCCUGAUCCUCUCAACACAUGGAAGCCUCGCCAGCCACCACAGCUUAGCGAGAGAGGCUACAAGCUGACUGGUAUUCCAUACAUCAAGGCUGAAGCUUAG